AUGGGAAGUGAAUUUGAGAUGAGUGUGAUGGGAAAAAUCACGUUCUUACUAGGUUUACAAAUCAGACAGUUUCCUCAAGGCACUUCUAUAUGUCAAGAAAAAUAUAUCAAAGAUCUGCUUAAAAGGUUCAAUAUGCAGGAGGCCAACAUAAUUGAUACACCCAUGAGCACGAGUACCAAAUUUGGCAGUGAUGAGAUUUCAAGUUGCUCUAAAGGAAUCACACUUAAAGGUUUUUGGAUUGACAAGAAAAGCAUCUUAAGAAUGACCCUUUUUCCAGGGUCAUCACUGAUUUCAUGGGAAAUAAAGAAGCAAAACUCAGUAGCUUUGUCAACAGCUGAAGCUGAGUAUGUAGUUGUUUCUUUGUGUUGUGCUCAACUAAUGUGGAUCGAACAACAACUUUAA